CUGACCAUAGAAGGGAAUACAUGGCCACAUCUGUCUUUUCUCUGUCACUGUUUAUGGAAUGGACUGUUACUAGGUUGUUAAGUAAAGCUGGAGGUCAUGAUUGAUUGGCCGAAUGUGACGGUGGUCAGCCACCCAGAGCACAGCCUGAAGCCUGAGGAGAUCCAUAGGUCCAAAUGUGUCCUGGGCUUCUUCCCUGUGGUCUACUACAGCGCCCUCCUCUGUGUGGGAGUACCAGUAAACAUUUUGACGGCGGUGGCCUUGUCCAGGCUUGCAGCCCGCACCCAGAAGGCUUUGUACGUUUACCUGCUAGCGCUGACGGCGUCUGACAUCCUGUCCCAGCUCUUCAUCAUCUUCGUGGGUUUCCUGUUGGAGACGGCCGUGUUCCACCGCGAGGUCCCCGCUCUCCUCCUCCACUCCGUCAGCGCCCUGGAGUUCGCCGCUAACCACGCCUCCAUCUGGGCCGCCGUCCCCCUCACGGUCGACCGCUACGUGGCGCUGUGCCACCCCCUCCUCCACCGCCAGAUCAGCUACCCGGAGCGGGCGCGCAGGAUCAUCGCCGCCGUCUUCCUGUUGGCGCUGGCGUCGGGCGUGCCGUUUUUCUGGUGGUCGGACAUGUGGCGGGUCAGCCGCCCGCCCACGCCGCUGGACACGGCCCUGAUCUGGACGCACGUGACCAUCAUCUACUUCCUGCCUUGCGGCACCUUCCUGGUUCUGAACUCGCUCAUCAUCCGCCGGCUGCGAGCUCGCCAGAGGCAGCCGUGCUGUCAGGAGGAGUACGGCCCCCGCGCGGCGCCGGCGAGGCGUCUGGGGAAGACCACGGCCAUGCUGCUGGCCAUCACCUCCGUUUUCUCCGUCCUGUGGGCUCCCAGGACGGCGGUGAUCAUGUACCACCGCUACGUCUCCUCCGUCUACAGGGACUGGCGCGUCCACCUGGCCUACGACCUGUCCAACAUGCUGGCCAUGCUCAACACCGCCGUCAACUUCUUCCUCUACUGCUUCGUCUCCAAGCCCUUUCGUGCCGCCGUGCGGGACGUCCUGCUGCUGAAGGGCGGGGCGCUGCACCCCCGACGCACCCUCCCCCACCAGCGGGCCCCCGCCCACGCCUCCACCUCCUCGCUGUCAAGCGGGACCAAGCGCCCCCAGCCAGACUCCACCCCCCUACCGCCAGGAGCAUGCAAGGAGAGCCAGACUAUGUGACCCCCUCCUUCCCCUGUAUGUCUAACUGACCCUACUCCCACGGCCCUGAAGCACUUACGCCCUCUGAACCACCCUGUGCAUUCCAGCCCUGUCCUCGGACAGCACGCCAAUCAUCCUCUGAGCAUUCUCCAAGGGCCAAACUUGUUUUUUUGUUUAUUUUUUUACCAUUGAACUUGUUAUUUAUCAUGUUAUUCUUCACGGAAAUUAACAAACGUGACACAGUAUUUAUUAUUGACACUGUCAGUGGAUCACAAAAUGAGUGCUCUUCUUCGCCCAAGCAUGGUACAUGUUAUCUUUGGGAGGGGGGAAGAUCCUUUUGGUUUUGUGUGCAGCCAGUGAGCUACAGUGUGAUGGGUAGCAUGGUAAUGAAGGACAGACAGAAUUCAUUACAAUGUGAGUCGACUCUAAUCAUGUUAAAUAUUCAAAAGGAAACCCAAUUUGUAUUUUUUUAUCAAACUUUGUUGAUAACGCAAAGACAGGAGUGUGGAGAGUUAGUAGCUGCAGUUUGUGGAUCUCCAUUGAUCUUUCUGGAAGAGCAAACAGUCCACCUGCCCAAAUCACUGUCACGUCAGGCUUGCUGAGCACAACUAAUGGAGCAGAGAAAUCAGCCCUUCACCGCUACAGCAAACUCAGAAUAGCAAACCACAGCUGUUAACGCUUGUGUUUAUAUUUCAUGAACUGCAACUCGAUGGGGCCUUAAAUGAAGGUUUGCUGUCUAAGCACAGGGAGUGAAGACCACGCUAUUCAAACACUCUCUACCCCCCUCCUCCCCUGUGGGGUCAGUCCAGCUAAACAAACCAAACAGCAGACUGAUGGUCGGCACAAACACACAUGUGUGUCGGCCAGUACAUUUCCAUCCUGAGCGGUGUGGCUCUAUUAGCAAGCAAAUGUAGCACAAAAGUCAUGCAAAUCGUUUCUGAACGAACGUGUGAGAUCUUGACUUUGGCUUUACUACAUAGUGACUGCAUUUGUUUUAAAGCAUUGAGAACAGCAAUCUGCUCAAUAGUUAGUAGUAGUAUAGUACUAAUAGUUGUAAUUAAAAAGCAGAGGGUGGAGGCCCAUUCCUGUCACAGCUUUGAUCGUUUAUUGAUCGUGUUGCUCAUCAAUGCCUACUGAGGAAAAGGCCUUUAGAGAAGGUCAUAUCUUGAUUGAAAUGCAUGCUUGCAUUUCAAUUUGUGUAGUUUAUCCAUCAGAAUGAAUACUGUGGAUGAUUUUGGGUAAAAGUUUGUGAAAAAUAGUGUAUUCUGUAUAUUUUUUACAACCGCAUACAAUAAUAACCACAUCACAGAAUAGUCUUAGCAAUGUUUUGAAUCUUGAAUGUGAAAGCCUGUCAUAAUCAGUAAGUGAUAUGAUUGUGUGAAACUAGACCUCUUUCAAAAGGCAGCUUACUGUACAUCCUCUCUGAGUCCAUGAUUGUGACUCAGCAAGUAUAAAACGGCAUGUUUUAACAGAGCUCACUGGAAAGGCUGCUAUACAGUAACGGUAAUGUACACAACUGUGGUCCAAUCUAUGUAUAAGCUGACUUUAACCCAUCACUGAUCAAGCCUAGUCUUUCAAAGCUCAUCUCCAUUGAUGUUUCUCAGCACAGCCCCUUAAAUCCAACGCCAGCAUCAGUGAGACAUGGGACAGGUCACCAGUGAGACAUGGGACAGGUCACCAGUGAGACAUGGGACAGGUCACCAGUGAGACAUGGGACAGGUCACCAGUGAGACAUGGGACAGGUCACCAGUGAGACAUGGGACAGGUCACCAGCUCUCCCUCAUCUACUGGCAAGUUCUUAUGAGACACUAAUGGACUGCUGUGUGUUCUGAGGCCUCGGAUCUCAGUCACCUCUCGGUUCUUAGAGUCACACUGUGUGUCCAUCCUACCCCCUGCAUAGAUACAGAUGUUUCUUUGAAGGUGCUUCCCGUCGUCACAUAAACAGAUGGGGGGGGGCUAUGAUGGCAGCCACCCUGGGGAACGAACGCAGUCGGGGGGGUGAAGAAGUCGGGGGGAUCACAGAGGAAACAGUUUAGACCUGGAUGGGGCAGCAUGACGUCAGGACAGGCUCUGGUUCCAUCUGAGGGGAGCCGUGCUGGGACAGCCACAGGGAUUAUCAGGGCAUCAUGGA